AAAAUUUCCCUCUACCUUUUUACCUAAAUCCCACUACGCUCCCACUACCCUGGCUAAUAGCUCUCCACCAAAUGACCCAAUUAUGCUAAAAACCUAAAUUCUUUUGCCGCUGUUUCGUUUGAAGUACGCGUAUUAUUUCAAUUGAAAAGCUUGUUUUCUAUUGAUGAAGUACGGCGGUAGUUCUUGAUGAAGUCGACGCCUGGGAUUGUUUUCUAUUGAUGAAGUACGGUGGUAGUUCUGAGAGCAAUUGAUUGAUUCCUUCAGCUAUACAAGUAAAAUGAAUCAGCUUAAGAAGAGAACACGCAGUACUGGUGCACUUCUUACUCCAGCUACAAAGAUGCCUCGCCAAACAGAUACCCCUUUACCUUCAUUUCCUCAAACAUCAAAGGCAAACACCAUAUCUACUAAUAAGUUCAUAGCCCCACUUUCUUUGAAUCGAAAUAAACAAGUGAACAGGUGCAUGGCUCCUUUGCCUCAUUUUCCUCAAACUCCAAAGGCAUCUCAUGUUUCUCAACGAACUGUUACUCGAUCAGCUGCUGCAACAGUUAAGAAUACACAUAGGGAAACUAUAUCAACUAAUCCGCCUUCCUCACGUGCUCAAUGGGAUCCUUUCAGUAAGAUUCCAAAUAAGCCACUUUCACAGCCUACAAGCGUUGUGCAUCAUCAGCAUAACUGUGAUAGAAAUGAAUCAGCUGAUACUACUGCUCCUAUCUCUGAAGCUACAACAUGUUUAUCUAAGGUAAGGGCUCAAUGUAGUCCUCACAAUGAUAAUCCAAAAUAUCCACAUUCACAAUCAAUGAGUGCUGUACGUCGUCAUCAAAGUCGUGAAAAAAGCAUAUCAUCAGGUCCUUUAGGAGUGAAUGGCUUGCACGAGAUGGAAGAAAAUCAUGUAAAUGAACUAGAUGAUGAAACAGAGCAUGAGAGCGACUUGCAACGGACCAAAGAUGAUAAGAAUACUCGAGGGCCUUGUAAACAAGUUAAGACAUCUUACAUUGUGCGAACUACGAAACGGAAAAUUCAAGUUUCUCUCAAUAGAGUAACUAGAAGAGCUACAGACCCUAAGGUACACAGUUUAUUGGCUCAUGAUGUCAGAGCCAUCGUUAGGUCCCAUUGUCCAAUGAAUACAGGCUACUGGUCAACUAUUCCUCUCACUCAAAAGACAGACCUAAUGGAUGAGAUCACUGUUAAUUAUGAGCUUGAUCUGGAAGAGUCAGAAAUGAAAGAAUAUAUUGAAAGACUCUUCAAUGGGAGGUAUAGGGAGUUUAAAGGCGAGCUGAGUUCGUAUUAUAAGUCAUGUGAAACGCAUACAUUUGCAUUGGCUAAUAUGCCUAAAGAGAUGGAUGAUAGAGAUGUGGACCAAUGACGUGAUUUAUGUAACCAUUUCAACUCUGAUAAGUUCAAGAAUUCUUCAUCAUCUAACACAAUAAAUCGUUCAAAAAAGCAGCAUAAUCAUCGCACCGGUUCACGUCCUCUCUCAUAUAUAGUUGGGGAAAUGGCUGCGGAUGGCUCAUGGUUUCCAGAAAUUGAUGCUUUCGAGUACACUUAUGGGGGAAAGGACAACUCCUGGCCUGAUAGCACUGCAAAAGCACAACAUGAUGAAAUGGUUGCUAAAAGUAAUGACUACCUUAAGGGAAAGGCAAAAGAGCAACAACUCCCCGAUGACACUCCUUUGGAAGAGAUACGUGUGGAUGAUGAAGAUGUUGGGUUAAAUAUUAUGACAUCUGUUCUUGGUACAAUACCAGGACGUCGCCUUCGUGGUAUGGGAGAUGGCCGUCUUCGUGAAGUUGGUCAAUCUUCUACCAAAAUCCGGCAAUUGUCAGAUGAGUUGGAACGUGAACGUGCAGCUCGAAAAGCUUCUCAUAUGGCUCGAAUCGAGGCAGAGGAGAUGAUGCAAAGAAAAUUGAAGAAAGUUGAGUGUAACUUCAAUAGUACUUUGAUGUCUUGGCAUAACUCUUUGGAAAAAUUAUGCAAUCAAGUUCCUGGUAUUGUUCUUCCCUCAUUUGUACCGGUUUCAAUAGAUGAUGGCAGUGAAGAUGAGGAUGAUACUUUUGAUAAUGAAGGAGAGUUUGACGAGGCAAAUUGUGGAGCUGAUUAGAGAUUAUGAUAUGACAAUUAUUUGUUUUCAAAUACUUUAUUUUGUUUUUCUUAUUUUAUCAUAGGGAUAAGGGUUAGUUUGGUCCUCGAAGUUGCAAAAAAGGUGUCAAAUAAGUCCUUAUAUAGAAGAUUCUGUUCGGACGUGCCAUUUGAGGUGGCUCCCAGUAGAAUUUUUUGAUGAAAUUUUUUGAGCAUUUUAUUCAUUAAGUCUAGUUUACUCAUACUAAAUUUCAGAUUAAAAUUCAAUCGGGAAGACAUUCAAAUGAAUUCUUGAAGAUAACUGUGCCGUUAAAAGCGCUGUUAUCUUCAAGAAUUCAUUUGAAUGUCUUCCCGAUUGAAUUUUUAGCUGAAAUUUGGUAUGAGUAAACUAGACUUAAUGAAUAAGAUGCUCAAAAAAAUUUAUCACAAAAUUCCACCGGGAGCCACCUCAAAUGGCACGUCCAGACAGAAUCUUCUAUAUAAGGACUUAUUUGACGCCUUUUUUGCAACUUCGAGGACCAAACUGACCCUUUACUCUUUUAUCAUAUGAUAUGUAAGAUAUUAUCUUUCAGCAUUUCCCUUUGAUAUUAUGCAAACCAUCAUUUACUACGAUAAUCAAGUUUAAUCUACAAAUACUCGUAUUACUUAUUCAAUGUUCUGUUGAGACAAGUAUUUAA